CCCGCCUCUCCGUGUCCCACCCCGCCGCCCUCCGGCAGCGCCCAUGUCCCCACGGUGGUGGGGACGAUGCUGUUCUCCCUGAGGGAGCUGGUGCAGUGGUUGGGCUUCGCCACCUUCGAGAUCUUCCUGCACGGCCUGGCCCUGCUGGCUUUCUCCGUGCUCCUCGUCCUGAAGGUGGAUGGCGAGGCCUCGGCCCUCUCUUGGUGGGUCGUUUUCGUCCCCUUCUUCGCCGCCGACGGCCUCAGCACCUACUUCACCACCAUCGUUUCGGUGCGGCUCUUCCAGGACGGUGAGAAGCGCCUGGCUGUGCUGCGGCUCUUCUGGAUCCUCACCAUCCUCAGCCUCAAGUUCGUCUUCGAGAUGUUGCUGUGCCAGAAGCUGGUGGAGCACACCCGGGAGCUCUGGUACGGGCUCAUCAUGUCGCCUGUCUUCAUCCUCCUCCAGCUGCUCAUGAUCCGAGCCUGCCGGGUGAACUGACAGCGAGGGAGCGAGCUCCGGAUCACUGCCCUUGCCCUGGCUGGGAUGUGCCUGGCUCACCGGGGAGCCCUGGACUCCUAGCAACUGUUAUCGAGCUUUUCCCCACCUUUAUUUCUGUAGAGAGUGGUAGGUGGCAGGUUACACAGGUCCGGUUCUACAAGAGGAAGGGUCUGUAAGCACGCUGCUAUGUUGUGUAGCAUCUUAUUUCUUCAAAAGAUCCUUUUGUGCCACUUCCUUAUUUCAGUUCACUCCGCUCUUAGUGUUAUAUCGUGCCCUGCAAGCACUGUUUGAUA